CGCACUGGCAAGUGACAACCCCGAAAAAUAUGUCGUUUUUCGAAGGCAUUUCCGGAAGUAUUUCCGUAAGCACGAACACACAGUGAACAGUCGCACAACUCGCGGGAUGCGUCACGGUCGUCCCUUAGGUUUUCGCACCUUCAACCCGCGAAAAGCACUAAUUCGCACACCUUGCAAAAUCGUGCUUGCUGCGCUCGCGACUUUAUGCGCGCUUGUAAUGGUAUCUCUUUUAUUUAAUCGACAGAUAAGUGCUCAAAGGGACGUAGAUCAAGAAAUGGAAUAUCGAUUAUACCCAAAUAUUAAACAGAAUGAUUCUGAGCAAUUCCCUUCACGUCUGCAGAAUAAACUUGUUUUUUUCACGUAUUCCGAUCGUGUGACUACGGGACUGUGCUUGUCAAUGCUCUCAGCCGCUUCUAAUGGAUUUCUCCUCCACGUUCUGGGCAUAAAUGAUACCUACGUUGGAGAUGUUCACGAACCGAAGUUGAAGAAGUUGUACGGAAUGAAGUCUUUUCUUUCGGAUCGACGUGCUCUAGAGCGUUACGGACUUGGUGAUGAAACCGUCUUAGUUUUCGCCGACGCCAGCGAUGUUUUGUAUCUUGGCUCACGUGAUGAAGCUCUCCAUACCCUGCAACAACUCUUGGGACCAUUGGAAAGAGGUAUCAUACUUAUCUCUGGAGAACGGAACUGUUGGCCCUUUGUUCACUAUGAUAAGGAGUUGACUGCAGGGGGGCGAGAAAAGUGUGAAGAAUUCCCUCAUAGAAAUUCGAGUUUUCGUUUCUUGAAUGCGGGUGCGUAUGCAGGUGCUAUCAAACCGAUGCGAGCUUUUUUGAAAACGCUCCACGCAGGUAUACCGUCGAACGUCAGUGACGACCAACUCGUUUUUCAAGAGUUGUAUUCCAAGCAAGUCAGAGAAGGUAGGCACGAACUGUUUGAGUUAGUAAUAGACCAUGCGAGCAAAAUGUUCCAGACGGGUCAUCUGACAAGUUUAGAAGGGGCUGGGACAUUUGAUGAGCCCGUGCCAAUGAAUGCAUAUUUCAAUGCAGGCAUCGGUAGGGUAGUGAACUCUGAGUCUGAGACACGACCUUUUUUGGUUCAUUUCAAUGGCGGAAAGAGUGCGUUUGUGCCGUUAGCCAAGAAAUUUGGACUCCUCCAGAGCAACGUCACGCAACUUUUACAGCCCGAUUUAAUGAGCACGUAUCGUUCAAGACACGUCUGGUUUAAGGAAAAGUGUGAGUCAGAUAAGUUUAUGAAGAAUUAGAUACAAGUUACAGAGCAACGUCACGCAACUUUUACAGCCCGAUUUAAUGAGCACGUAUCGUUCAAGACACGUCUGGUUUAAGGAAAAGUGUGAGUCAGAUAAGUUUAUGAAGAAUUAGAUACAAGUUACGGAUCCUUACGAUCCGUAACCUCGAAAAACGGAUCCGUAACGUGACUGGCUGCCGUACGAUUUUCGCCCCCAGACGCCGUUUUCUGACUGAUUCACAUACGAUUUUCGGAGAUAGCGAAAUUUGCGAUUUUUUUUUCACCGCGCGCGCGCCGCAGGCGUUAUUUUUCUGCGCCAUGGGCCGCGAGGGGAGCGGGUCGCGCGGCGCGCGCGUCGCCGAUUCUUGACUGUAACAUCACGAGUAUUUACACGCG